AUGGCCAAUACGACCGAGCCUGUGAAGAAUAUGUCCUCCGAGCCCGGCCAGUCGAUGCCGGCUCAAUGGAUUGAAUUAAGCCCCCUUUCUACCUGCUCAUCAUCGCGACCUCGUCCCUCACAGACAGGGCCUCCACCAACACGAUCGCCUGUCCCUAGGUCUAGGUCUCCAUCAGUCUCACCAAGUCAUGCGCCAACAAUGCAGAAAGCCGAGACGCAGGUCGUAAACAUCAAGAAACCCGAUACUCGAAAGAAAAACCUGCCCAGCCCGCACGCUGUCAACAAAUCACGAAUUAAAUCAGCUCUUAUGCUAAAUCGACUUUCCAGAGCGAAGAAGAGAGAGCAUGGUCUUACCCAAAAGAUGACCGAUAUCAAGCAGGGAAAAGAGAAGGGCCGACAGAAGAUUGAAGAAUUGCGCACUCGUCAAGAGCAGGCGAGACUGACCCGGGAGGAGCAAGAGAGCCUCUUUGAGAAUGCGCGCAAAGCGUUCGAGGAAGCCCAAGCGAAAUAUCAGGCGGAACAAGACUCUCUAAGUCACACUCAAGAAGUCGUCGAGAGUUUCUGCACGACCAUCGGAGACGAGGAAGAUUCAGUAGCACGCUUCAGUUCAGACGAAAGAGACAUCGCGAAGGAGAUUGAGAGUCUAAGAGAGCAGGCCGCUCGACAAGCCGAGUUCUUGGACGUGAAGCCAUUCGAUCUGACAGUGCUAGCAAAGCAUUCAGUCACACAUCCGGCAUUCCACACCAAGCUCGUCAAGAUAGCUCAAGGUGCAGCAACACAUACCGCGCGCAGAGAUGUCAAGGCCAAGCUGUUCGACACAUUGACUGGAGCCACUGCUGAUGAAUUCAAGGCUCUAGCAAAGAAGAUCUUGUCCGCGCAGAAGGAAAUGGCUGGUGGCACUGGCGCCGAACGACCUCUCGAAGCACGACCUAGCCACAGCAUCGACACGUCGUCGCAUGCUCUAAAGCGAAAGGCCAGUAGCUCGCGCCCAAAAAACACGUCUAAAAGCCCAGAUGAUUUAGGACUCAAUAAGCAGCAUUCUAGUGACAGUGGAAGCGACAUUCCGGUCCGUCUCCGCCGUCCGACCAAACGCCCGCAGCCUGCGAGGAAGAGCAAGCAGCAACCGAAUGGCGGUGAGAGCAACGUCGAGGUCAGCCCCCGCCGUCCGAAGACACCUCCGCGACGUCUAAAGACGCUGAAAGCCAGAAGAAGUCUUGUUUCGAGAUCGAACGCUUUGAGUGGGUGA